GCAUAAAAAUGAACUGCAGAUAUAAGCCAAUAAAAAUUAACGGGAUAUACUUAUUGGUUAGACGUCACAGGCGGAAGUCUAGUUUCGAUAUGCACACUGACUCCCGCGAAAUGAAUUUCUGAGAAAUUAGCUCACUCGAGUUGUAACAACAAUCUUCAUUCUUACGAAUUUGGACACACUCAUCGGUUUCAUUCAGAUCCAGCGAGAAAUCUAAACAAUCUGGGAGUUAGUUUUACUGUACAGAAAGGCAUCCGCAACUCGGAACGGUGCCCCGCUUUGGCAGCUUUACCAAAGGAGAGCAGCGCAAAGCUAUCUAGGACACCGCCAGUAGCAUAAAAGAAACCCAGCAUGUCGCUGAUUUUGAAGCUGCAGCAGCUGCAGGGCCCGGCCAUACAGCAGAUGCAGCUGCUGUACCAGCAGAAUCGAUUCCCCAUGGAGGUGCGCUACUACUGCGCACCGUGGAUUGAGGCCCAGCAAUGGGGAAACAUCGAUACAGAUAGUCCAAGCAGUGAGCCAGCUGCCACCAUCCUCCUGCAGCAGAUGAUCCAGCAGAUCAACGAGAAGGCCGAAGCCCUGACGGGCGAAGACAAGUUCUUCCUCCGAAUGAAGCUCAGCAACUUUGCCACCGAGCUCUACGAAACCUAUGUCAACGAUCCGUUGAAGUUUGUACGAGUAGUACGUCAUUGUCUGGAGAAGGAGCAGAGGCUAGUGGACCAAGAUACGAAUGGUGUGCAGGAAUCUAUGGAACAGGUCAUGCCGGUUCCCGAUUCACACAACGAGAUCGAAAGCACAUUGCAGAAUCUCAAGUACAAAACCCAGUCUCAAGAGAAACAACUGAGUGACAUGCAACAGAAGCAGGAACUGUUUGCCGUCAAAGUCCAGGAAACAAGGUGUAUGCUGGAAAAUGCGCUGGAUCAAAUGCAGCAGCAGUACCCUCAGCAGGAUGAUCCCAACCGGAGGGUGGAAUUCACUCGCUUCAACCAGAAGAAGAUGGAGGUCAACUCGGUCCUGCAGACCGAAGCCCAGCAGCUCAUGGGCAUGAGAAUCCAACUUGCCGACAUGCACAAGGAGACCUUCAUGCUGUUGAGCCAAGUGCAGAGCAAGGUGCUGAACGACGAGCUGAAGAUCUGGAAGCGACAGCAGCAGCUGGCCGGCAUCGGCUGCUCACCAGAGGGCUCCCUUGAUAUCCUACAAUCCUGGUGCGAAUCCCUGGCAGAGAUCACCUGGCAGAACCGGCAGCAGCUGAAGCGCAUCGAGCAGCUCAAGCAGCAGCUGCCCAUGAACAUGCCGGCCCAGGAAAUGCCGGACCUCAGCAACAGCUUCACGGGCCUGCUGUCGGCGCUGGUCAGCUCCACCUUCGUCAUCGAGAAGCAGCCGCCCCAGGUCCUCAAGAAGGAGACACGCUUCUCGGCCGCAAUCAGAUUGCUGGUCGGAGGCAAGCUGAAUGUUCACAUGAACCCGCCCCAAGUCAAGGCCACAAUCAUCAGUGAGUCACAGGCUAAAGACAUGCUGCACAAUGAGAACGCCAACUUUAACGACACCAGUGGCGACAUCAUUAACAACUCCGGGGUGUUGGAAUACCACAAGGACUCUGGAGUCCUCAACGUGACCUUCAGAAACAUGUCCCUAAAGAAAAUCAGACGAGCGGACAGAAGAGGGACUGAGUUUGUUACCGAAGAAAAGUUCACAUUACUCUUUAGGUCUCACUUCUCUGUAGCCAGUGGUGAACUGAUGUUCCAAGUUAGGAGCCUUUCGCUACCCGUAGUUGUGGUGUCGCAUGGUAACCAAGAAUGCAAUGCUUUAGCAACCAUUCUCUGGGAUAAUGCUUUUGGUGACUGCUCUUCAGGUAGGGUACCAUUUGCCAUUCCUGACAAGGUACCAUGGCCAGAUAUGGCGCAGGCUCUCAACUCCAAGUUUAUGGCAAUCAACGGCCGCAGCUUGUCCAACGAAAACCUGCAGUAUCUGGCUAUGAAGGCGUUCAGUGGUCAGAGUGUUCAAACGGAUGAUUUCAACAGUAUGUACAUCAGCUGGAGUACCUUCAACAGGGAUCCCUUGCCUGGCUGCACGUUCACCUUCUGGAAGUGGUUCCACGGUGUAUUGGAGCUGACGAGAAAAUACUUGCGACCUCCCUGGAAUGAAGGGUCCAUCUUGGGUUUCAUCACCAAGGAGCAUGCCCAGGAGCUGCUCUUGACGAAGCAGACGGGGACCUUUCUGUUACGCUUCAGUGACUCCAAGCUGGGGGCUAUCAGCAUCACCUGGGUCAACGAGGACCCCACCACAGGAGAGAGACAAGUGCUGAAUCUGUUGCCAUUCUCAAGUGAGGAUUUCCACAUUCGUUCGCUUGCCGAUCGCAUCCACGACUUGCCGCAUCUGACCAACCUCUUUCCCGACAUUCCCAAGGACACGGCGUUCGGGAAUUUCUACACGCCCGUAGACGAGGUGCUCCCUCAAUCUGGUGAUGGAUACGUCAGUUCUGUGCUUGUCAGCAAGAUCCCCCAGAUCACUGCUCCGCAGUCAUACGCCAUGGAGAAUCCCGGCUCGGUGGAACCCGCCUCCCCGCAGCAGCAACCCCAAAACAGAGAGCAAGAUUUUGUCAACUUUACUGGAAUGGACGAUUUUGGCGAGAUGCUGAACGAUCGUGACCGGGACGAGCCGCAGCUUGCUCCAGACAUCAGCGACCUCCUCAAGGACUUCGACACGUUUGACAUGAUGGACCCGACACUGCUGUAGUAACCAAAGAGAUAAGAAAGGUCGAUCGGUUGCUUAGUAACCCCCUUGUAAAUAGACUAGCUGAUAAGGCCCCGCCCAUUCAGUGCACACGUGGACAACAAGCGUGCACCUUUACAAUACCACAUUGCACGCUCCAGCCAUGCGCGUCUUGAGUAUGUGCACGCAUGUCCGACAUUUGUGCACAGGAGCAGUCAAGCACAGAAUUGAGAAAGUUUUUGCUUUUGCCAAAUUGAGACGCGUUGUAAAUAUUGCCUGCCACUUGACUAAUUUUUUUUUGUUUAUUCUGCUCAACAUCGCCAUGAAAUGGCAAGGCUAGGCUUGGGCGAUUUCCAAAAUAUUUCAUGUCAAUUCCGAUUCCAUACAAGAGACACCAAUUCAAUUCUAUCCAUUGUAAAAAAUGCUGUGGGGAAAGACCUCCACAACGAAUGACAGUACUGAAUCACUAUACAGUGGCAUUGAAAGGAGUUACAUCUUAUUCAAAUGAUAAUUUGCCACAACUAUGGACAUGUCGAGUGACAUUUAAUGUUUUUCUGAAGUGUCUGGACGCUAUUCGUGGGAGAAUUUAAUAGUUACUUCCGCGAUUCGAAUCUUCCGUCAAAAAAGUGGAGUCUCGAUUCCAAUUCCAACUUUAGAAUCGAUGCUGCUCAAUUCUGAUCUGGAAUUGCCCAAGGCCAAUUUUUCUCUUCAAAUUUCUGCAAAUUUUUUUUUUUUUAGCUUUCAAUUUGAGCAACUCUGCGUAAUGUAGUCAGUGCAGAAUUUUUGGAAAGGCGUGCAUUGAAACGGAUCGCCUUAGUCUGAAGAAUUUACAUGAAAUCCCAUAAUAUCUGCAGACCAGAGAAAACCAAAAUUUUGUUGGAAACGUUCUGCAGAGAACUCGACAGGAUUUCAAGGAUUCUCUGUGGUGUCCAGAGAAGUUGUUUUUUUUGUAAAUAAUUGUCCACGGUCCGCCAAAACUGUUACAACUGUAGAAUAUCCAGCUCGUAUAAGUGAAGGAUAUUCUUUAGAUAUGCUACUAGAGUUUAAAAGUGUGCAUAAGUUCUGUGGUUUGUCAGAAAAAAAAUGUAUUUAUAUUAAUAAAAAGAUACUAGGACAACAAAAAAAUAAUAAUAAAUUAAGUAAAUCUGGAAUGGUACUGCCUGGUAAAUUUCUGAGAGUUGAAGUACAUCAAAGUUGCAGUGGCUGUAACAAGUGGCUGUGUUCAGUGGAGUUGGGUCUUAAAUUAAAACCACAGAUAGAUGCUUCUUGCAAGGCACAUUGCAUGACAUUUUUUGCUGCAAACUGUUUGUCGUUGGGCAGGCACUUUACUGUGCUCUCAGCAUAGUUGUGUACUUAGCAGCACUGUCAAAUCUAGUUCUCUUCGUAUUAAAGGGUUCUUCUUUCGUCGUUGCUAUUUUGACGGAAGUUGUCCGUUGUGCGCAUGCAUAAGUUGUCAAAUGAAAAUGGUUCUCGGACUUUACUUCCUUAAAAAUCCUUCAGAGCCAUAAUUUUUCAGAGCGCAUAAAACUACCCCAGCACUCUAUUAUGGUUUUAUGGAUUUUGCAGUGCAUAGACAUAAUGUAAUACAAUGUAAUACAAUGUAAUACAGUGUGCUAAUGGGUUAAUGACUAACUAGCAGCAAACAAUAUGUGCAGUCAUUUCAAUAUCUUUUCUCUAAAUACUGGGAUGUGUUCCACUCAAACCAGCGUUUGCGGUAUUUUUGUGCAUAGCCAACGGGAAAUAGGCAAUGUUUCCGUUGUUUGCGUCGUUUCUGUCGUUCACCCCAGGUUUAUAUUACUCAAGGCUAAUAGGUUGGCUGAUUGGUCGGCUUGUAAUCAUUUGACACGGAGUGCAUCGCUUCAUUGGUGGAUGAUUGGAGUCAAAGAUUUGGUGAAUAGUUUUGGUGUGACAACAGUGGGUUUUUUUUGUACUGUCGUCUUGUGAUACGUGUUGCUUUUGCGCAUUACAUAAGUGUCAUGCAAAAAGUGCUACUCUUAGAAUUGGGCGUGAUUACCACGUAAGUCUAUUAAACUAAUUUUUUUUUUUUUUUAUUAAAUUUGAUAUUUUAAUCGCGAUUUUUGUGAAUACAUGUAAAUUGGUGUGCUUCCUGACUGUCAUGUAAGAUAAGUAUUUUAUAAUUUUGCAUUUAAGUUCUCGUAGUCCAGUUUGGGUAGUAAUUAGCACGUAGUCAAUUUAACUUGAUUUUAACAUGAACUCCUUUGAUUUACAAGUUGGCCUUGACAAAAAAAUGAAAAAUUGGUAUCAUUGGACAAUUAUCAUUGAUAAAAGGAGGUUAAAACUUAAAACAGAAUUAUUAUUAAAGUGUUACUUAUAACAAGUAAAAUACAUGUCAACCACAAGGCAUCCGUCUUGUUUUAAAAUUGACAGGCAAAAUCAGCUGUCAAAAUGUCAUAGAUAAGAAAAAAUAAUUUGAAUACUUGAAAGUAUUUUUCACUUCAACAUUUAGAUUUGAUGAAUUAUAAUUUGCGUGUAUGUAUCAAUUUACAUAGGCACUGAAGGAGAAAAAUAGUUAAAAACCGGGUUUUCGCAACAACAAAUUUAAUAUUCCUUGGAUAUUUAAUUGGGGGGGGGGGGGGAAGGAGAGGACAGAAAUGCUGAUGUAAACUCCAUACUGUUAAAAGUUGUAUUUUUGUAUUUCCACUGUCUUGCAUUAUGUGAGUUUGCUUGUAAGAAAAGUUUGUAUUUGUCACUAAAAUGAUACUAUUUAGUCGUGUUUUCUUCACCUGUGUUAUCCUUGUAGUAAGGAAAGUCAUUGUGUGCAGUUGAUAUGUGGACCCCUUGCUAUGCUGGUAUAGGCAAUAAUUAUAUUUGCAAUCAGUAACGUAAGUUUUUUUGGCUUUAGUUGCAAUGGUAAUUUUUGUCUCUCUGAAAAUCUCAGAACUGUAAAAUGCCAAUAUAAAUGGUUAGAAAUUGUACUGCUGGGCUGGCUGUUUUCUGGUAAUUUUUUAUUUUUUUUUGUUUUGUUGAAAUUUGACAUAUUGUCCUAGUAUUGCCAACAUUGUAAAGCAGUUUUGUAUGGGUCCUUGGCAGAACUAAGUGAGUAGUAAUUUUGCUGGCCGGCUGUAAUCAGCAUUUUAAAAUAAUGAACUGUGAAAAAAA